GUCAAUAAUCCGAGGAUUAGUACUUUAUAGACUUGAUUCUUCUUGGUAUUUUCCUCUUGAACAUGUAUAUAUACCUCAGGCUCUCUGCUUCUGGACAAAUCCGCCCCAUACCCAAUUAUGCAUCUCUCCUCGUUUCCCUUCGUAGUCGCUGUGACAUUUUUCCUGGCGCGAGCAUCGGUUUACGCUCGCCCAGAGUCUUAUGCUGUCUGGGCUGCUGAUUCUGCCCUAGCGCGAGGACAAGGAAAUGGACUUGACUCGGAUGGAGAAACUAAAGUUUCAUAUGAACAUGGAGAGCUACAGUGGGGACUACGUCUGCUUUAUGAAACGACCGGGAACGAGUCGUAUUUCGAUUAUAUCGUCGAAGGGGCUAGCCAAAUCGUCGACAGUGAAGGUAAUAUUGACGGCGACUAUUCCCUCACUGAUUACUCUCAGGAUCCUGUAAGAACGGGACCGACAUUUGCAUAUCUAUACGAACAAACAGGCCAGUCAAAAUGGAAGACUGCCAUGGAUACCUUUCACCAGCAGCUCAUGGGGCAACCUCGAACCGCUGAAGGCCAAUUUUGGCACAAACUAAGGUAUUACAAUCAAGGUUGGCUUGAUGGGAUUUAUAUGGGAGAAAUAUUCUACACUGUAUAUACGAACACAUUCCAACCGACCAACACCACAGCCUAUGAUGAUAUCGUCAAACAGUUCGACUUGAUGUUCCAAAACACCUUGCAAGAGGAAGGAGCUGCGAACUACACCGGCCUUUUAUACCAUGGAUAUGACUACUCUCACACGGCCUCGUGGGCCUCCGAGGAUCGAGGACAUUCACCCGAAAUUUGGGAUCGGGCAAUGGGGUGGUAUAUGAUGGCACUCGUCGACAUCCUCGAGAUUUAUCCCAACGAUAACUCCACGUUUCUGGACCACUUGAAUACACUCGUUCCCCGAGUACGUGAUGCUGCUGAUUCGGAGUCCGGUGUGUGGUGGUUGGUCAUGACCCAGCCCGGCAGGACCGGUAAUUACUUUGAGAGCAGUGGGUCGGCUAUGUUUGUCUAUGCAAUGCUGAAAGCGGUGAGGCUUGGGUAUGUGUUGGAUAAUGAUGGAAGUAUUGUGAGGGCGGCUACGAAGGCAUACCAGUACAUGAUUGAUAACUGGGUUGUUGACAAUGGGGACGGGACAAUGGAUUGGCUGAAUACGGUCGAGGUUGGAAGUUUGAGCGGAAAUGGAACGUUUGAAUAUUAUAUUAGCGUCGAUGUGGAUACCAAUGAUCUCAAAGGUCUAGCUGCAUUCCUAUUAGCUAGUCUCGAGUACGAAAAACUGUAAUUCAGUCUACUUACUGCGUGGAAAGAAAAAGGUACUCGCAUUCUUACACUCAAAAGGUUCGACUUUGUAACAGCCCAAACCUGUCCUAGCGACAGGGAACGUAAUCCAGACUCUAGUUACAUGAAAUGUACAUCAUUCCCAAUAUCCACCUCCACACCCCUCGAAACAAGCUCAGGGCCAAAAAAAUAGGAGUAUAAAUAGAGUAAAGAAAUUAACGAUAAGAAAAGUACGAGUGAUGAUGCAAGGAGUGUGAGGCCAGUGGAAUAUAGGUACUUGGGUAGGGUAUCCUGGUAUUUGAA